AUGGCGGAGGAGGAGAAGGGCGCGGAGGCCGAGGUCCGCCCGCUGAAGGGGAAGCAGGAGGCGGCGGCGGCGGGCCAGGGCGGCGGGGCGGGGCGGUGGCGCACGGGCGCCUUCUUCCUCUCGCUCUUCCUCUGCCUGGCCGUCGUCUUCGCCUUCUCCUUCGUCAUCCCCUGCCCGGUGCGGCCCGUGUCCCAGAGGGCCUGGAGCGCGCCCUUCGCCGGCGCCGCAGCCUACAAACACCUGGAAGUGCAGGAUGUCGACCAGGACCGAGUGCAGGACAUCCUCUUCGCCUUCAGAGCUUCCGAUGGCACUCACAACAGCAGCACAAACAGGUCCUGCUCUGCAGAAGGCUUCCCAUCUCCCUGUGCCUUCAUCGCAGCUGUUUCAGGCACCAACGGCAGCACGCUCUGGGAGGCGCCUGUGGCUGAAGACCUCCAGUUCAUGGACUGCUCCUUUGAGUAUGGCGAUUCCCAAGGCUGCCUUGUUGCUGGGAAGCCAGCCUCUCUGGCAACCAUUGACUUGAAGACAGGCAAGACCGUAUGGAGGGUGACGGCCAACCUACCCUCAAACUCCACACUGCUCAGCCCCUUGCUGCUAAUCCCGGAUGUCAACGGGGAUGGGGUGUCAGACCUCCUGGUCUUUGCUGCAGCAGGACAGGAGGUUCAGAGCAGUUUCUAUUCCGGGAAGUCAGGUGAGGAGAUUGGAUCCAGCCAAAGCCUGCAUCUGCCAGGGAGACGAGGCCACCUCAUGCAAGUCACCCAGGCGGGGGCCCACUAUGUGCUUUUCUACACAGCAAAUGCAUUGUAUGGCUACUCGGUGAAGCAGCUCUACAGCAGGGCCUCUGGGCUGGAGGACUAUAGAGGGACCAGCCUGAAGGAGGACCCCCGGUGGCAGACAGCCAUUGAUGACGACACACACAACGUGCACUUGCUCAGCUCCGGAGAAAUCCGCUCUGUGGUGAAGGUGCCGGGUAGGUCAGGGACGGACAUUUUGCUCCUGAGAGCAACCUCGCUGGAACUGCUGGAUGGACAACGCCUGGGCUCCAUGUGGGGCAAUGAUGUGAUUCCCCCCAUCCAGAGUGAGCCAGUGUUUGGAUCCUUCACUUCUGAUGAGGUUGAUAUUGUAGUUGAAAGCAGAGUUGCACCCAACAAAAAGGUUCUAGUGGUGGAGGGCAGUUCUGGAAACAUCAAGUGGGAGAUGGACUUUCUCUCGGGAGUGGGGACCCCCAGCCCAGCCACGCUGCUCACGGCCGAUCACAGGUCCUUCUUCCUCUUCUGGGGCGACUACCAGCCAGGCAGGAACAGAACGGGCUCAGAAGGGGUCCCCCAGAACCUCUACCUGUUCCACCCCUCCUUCCCCAGUGUGCUGCUGUGGAUGAACAACAGCACUGAGGCCAUUGUGGCCUUCCAGGCGGUGCUCUUUGAGCGGAGCCGCCAUGCCUGCUACGUGCUGCUGACGGGACCUGAGGCCAGCGGCAGUCCUGGCGUGGUGGUGCUGUCCAAGCAGAGGCUGAAGGAUGAUAUGGCCAACAGCCACGUGAUCUGGCUGAGCCAGGCGGCUCAGGACACAGGACAGCAUGUCCGGGACCGCUUCCUCCGGAUGAGAUACCGCAGCCCUCGGUGAGCGAGCACACACACGCCCCCACCCCACCCUUUCUGGAGCAGCUGUCCCCAGGACCUGUGGGCGGGGAGGAGGAGUCUCUUGCUCAGCUCUCCUGCCCCCUUCCCCACGUAGAGCUUGGGCGCACCUUCCGGCUCUGGGGAGGGGGGAGGGAGGCUCCUUAUGGUUGGGGACAGGUGAAGAAGCUGCAGUCCUUCCCUCGGCUGACACUGGAAGCAUCCAAGAAAGAUGUGGCCGACAGGCAGAUUUCCUGAGGGGUGAGCCUGAAGCACAGGCCCUGCCCUGUGGCUCUCUCUCUGAUGGAGGAGGAUCUGCCCACCUGCCUUGGGCAAGGCUUGUCCUUGGGCUGCCAUCUCCUGGCUUCUUUGCCGGCUGCCUUUGGCCCCAGACCUUUAACAAUGCAGACGACUCAGUGGAGCAGCUCCCCCCCACAUCUGACCUGGUUGCCAGAGGAAUUGUUUUGCUUCCUCCUCCUCCCCCACCCCUCCGAGGCCAAGGCACACCGGGCCAUUUUCAAUGGCUAAGGAACUUUUUCUUGUUUGGCCGUGAUUGAUGCUGACUUUAAUUGUGGAUGUUAAGCAGACUAAUUUCAGUUUUUCUGCUGCCUUCUUCCCCACCUGUUGUUGCUUCUGGAGCAUUCCUGAGUUUGGUCUGACAGUUCUGUGGUUUCAGUAAACCUUUUAUUGUGACCUUGA